AUGGCCGCCACCAAACUCGAUGGCACCGCCAUCGCAAAGAGCAUUCGUGAGAAGCUGGCCAAGGACAUUGCCGCCAAGCAGCAGUCGAACCCCAGGUUCCAGCCCAGCCUCAAGAUCAUCCAAGUGGGCGAUCGCCCUGACUCCUCAACCUAUGUGCGCAUGAAGCUCAAGGCUGCCCAGGAGGCCAACAUACACUGCGAGCUCUUGCACUACCCGGAGACCAUCCCCGAGGCUGAGCUUCUGGCACACCUACACGUUCUCAACAACGAUGCCUCAGUAUUCGGCAUUCUCGUUCAGCUCCCGCUUCCCUCGCACAUCAACGAGUACACCGUCACCUCUGCCGUCGCCGACGAGAAGGACGUCGAUGGCUUUGGCACUGUCAACAUUGGUGAGCUGGCCAAGAAAGGUGGCAACCCGUACUUUGUGCCCUGCACGCCAAAGGGAGUCAUGGUUCUUUUGCAGGAGGCCGGCGUGGACCCCAAGGGCAAGAAUGCCGUGGUUCUUGGUCGGAGCGACAUUGUCGGAAGCCCGGUCAGCUAUCUGCUGAAGAACGCGGAUGCGACCGUGACUGUGUGCCACUCCAAAACCGAUAAUAUCGCCGAGAAGGUCAAGCAGGCUGAUAUUGUUGUUGCCGCCAUCGGCCAAGCUGGCUUCGUCAAAGGCGAGUGGCUCAAGCCUGGUGCUGUCGUCAUCGAUGUGGGUACAAACUUCGUCGACGACGCCACCAAGAAGUCUGGGAAGCGACUUGUCGGUGACGUUGAUUUCGAAUCUGCAAGCGAGGUUGCCUCUGUCAUCACCCCAGUUCCUGGCGGUGUUGGACCCAUGACCGUUGCUAUGCUCCUCCAAAAUGUUGUCGAUUCUACUACGGCUUAUUUCGACCGUCAGAAGAAGCGGGGCAUUGUACCCUUGCCUCUGGCUCUCCAGGACCCCGUCCCUUCCGAUAUCGACGUGUCGAGAUCCCAGACCCCCAAGCAGAUUACUCGCGUUGCCCAGGAAGUAGGCAUCGCACCCCACGAAUUGGAGCCCUAUGGGGCCUACAAGGCCAAGGUUGACCUUACACUGCUGAAGCGUCUUGAGCACCGCCGAAACGGUCGAUAUGUUGUGGUCACUGGCAUCACUCCUACGCCACUUGGUGAAGGCAAGUCGACGACGACGAUGGGUCUCGCACAGGCUCUCGGUGCUCAUCUGGGCCGCUUGACGUUUGCCAAUGUCCGGCAGCCCAGCCAGGGCCCAACUUUCGGUAUCAAGGGUGGUGCGGCUGGUGGUGGCUACAGCCAGGUCAUUCCUAUGGAUGAGUUCAACAUGCACUUGACUGGUGAUAUCCACGCAAUCUCUGCUGCCAAUAACCUCUUGGCUGCCGCCAUCGAGACUCGCAUGUUCCACGAGAGCACACAAAAGGACGGUCCUCUGUACAAGAGACUUGUGCCCGCCAAGAAUGGAAAGCGAACUUUUGCCCCGAUCUGGUUCAGGCGCCUCAAGAAGCUCGGCAUCGAUAAGACAAACCCUGACGACCUGACCGAGGACGAAAUCCACCGCUUCGCUCGCUUGGACAUUGACCCAGAGACCAUCACCUGGAGACGUGUUCUAGACGUGAACGACCGCCAUCUUCGCGGCAUCAACGUUGGCAUCGCCCCAACGGAGAAGGGUCAUACCCGUGAGACCGGCUUCGAUAUCUCUGUCGCCAGUGAGUGCAUGGCUAUCCUUGCCAUGAGCACAGACCUUUCCGAUAUGCGCGAGAGGUUGGGACGCAUGGUCGUGGCCAGCUCGAAAUCGGGUGAGCCGGUGACAUGUGACGACAUUGGUGCGGGAGGUGCUCUCACGGCGCUUAUGAAGGACGCCAUCAAACCGAACCUCAUGCAGACUCUGGAGGGUACCCCCGUAUUCGUCCAUGCCGGCCCUUUUGCCAAUAUCAGCAUUGGCAACAGCUCCAUUCUUGCCGACAAGAUGGCACUCAAGCUUGUUGGUACCGAGCCCGAUGAGGAUCACAGCGAAAAGGCUGGUUUCGCUGUCACUGAGGCUGGCUUCGACUUCACCAUGGGUGGUGAACGCUUCUUCAACAUCAAGUGCCGUGCCUCUGGUCUGGUCCCUGAUGUUGUGGUCAUCGUUGCUACUGUCCGAGCAUUGAAGGUGCACGGUGGCGGUCCGCCUAUCACACCCGGCGCUGCUUUGCACGCCGUCUACAAGGAGGAGAAUGUGGACAUCCUGCGUAAGGGCUGCGUCAACCUCAAGAAGCACGUUGAAAAUGCCAAGUCUUACGGCUGCCCCGUUGUCGUCGCUGUCAACAAAUUCUCGACCGACACCGACGCCGAGAUCGCUGUCAUUCGCGAAGAGGCUAUUGCCGCUGGUGCCGAGGAUGCGAUAUUGGCUAACCACUGGGCUGAGGGCGGAAAGGGUGCCGUCGAUCUUGCCAAGGGAGUCGCCGCCGCCGCAGAGAAGCCCAAGAACUUCAAGCUUUUGUAUGAGACUGAAGGCGGCUCGGUGCAGGAGCGUAUGGAGGCCAUUUGCAUGAAGAUGUAUGGUGCCUCAGCGGUUGAGUUCUCUGAAUUAGCCCAGAAGAAGGUCGACACGUACACAAGGCAGGGCUUCGCAAACCUCCCCAUCUGCGUCGCCAAGACGCAGUACUCGCUGUCCCACGACCCCGAGCUCAAGGGUGCCCCUACUGGGUUCACUGUGCCCAUCAGGGAUGUGCGGAUGGCCGCUGGUGCCGGAUACCUGUAUGCUCUGGCUGCUGAUAUCCAGACCAUCCCGGGUCUGCCCACGGCUCCAGGUUACAUCAACGUCGAUGUUGAUGUUGAGACUGGAGAAAUUCAGGGCCUUUUCUAA